AACUUGUUUUGGUAGGUUCGUGUUGUGUUGUGUAAACGUUGUUAUUUAUUAAUUUAAUUCAAUUUUUGUUUCUAAAAUGAAGAAAUGGUGGAAUUGGGUGCUUGGAGUAGCUUUAGUUUGCCUUUUAUUCCUGGCGAUACCUUUAACGUAUUCUAGUAAGAAGCAGGCUGCGUUACAUGAAAUGUUUGAAGAAUACGUCGAAAAGUUUAAUAAAACUUAUAAAAAUAAUACAAAUGAAUACGAAACAAGGUAUCAACAUUUCGUGGCUUCUGUAGCGGAAAUAGAAAAGCUGAACUCCGAAUCACGAGGGCCAGACCAAUACAAAGCUCGAUAUGGUCUGACUCACCUGUCAGACAUGUCUAAGGCGGAAUACAAGGAUAUACAUCUAUCUGAUGAGAGGAUGAAGAAACCUCCAAGAUUGUAUGGUAAAAGUUGGAGCAAGACUAACGACCGUGACAAGUACUAUAUGGAAGAGCCCCACGGUGACCACCAGAGGAACAGAUGCUGUAGUGACUCCCAUGAUAACAUUUAUAUCAUCAUCAGGAAGAGACGUGCGGUGCUGCCUCUACAAGUCGAUUGGAGGGCGAAAGGAGUGAUAGGUCCCAUACGAGACCAGGGUCUGUGCGGGGCGUGUUGGGCGUUCAGCACGGUGGGCGCUAUGGAAGCCAUGGCAGCUAUAAAGACCGGGAAACUGGAGACCCUCAGCGUUCAGGAGGUGAUAGACUGCGCCGGACUAGGCAACAGCGGGUGCGCCGGUGGCGACAUCUGUUUGCUGCUCGAUUGGUUGCUCAUAAACGACACUCCCGUGGAGUUUGAUAAAGAGUACCCGCUCCGGCUAACAGAUGGCGCCUGCAGAGCGAAGAAAAACGCGACCGGGGUGCGCGUGGCCAGCUUCACUUGUGACGAUUUCGUGGGCGCCGAAGACAAAAUCCUAGAAGCACUUGCUACCCACGGACCAGUAUCUGUGGCGGUAAAUGCCCUUACCUGGCAGAACUACCUCGGUGGAGUUAUACAAUAUCAUUGCAGCGGUUCACCAUUCGACCUCAACCAUGCAGUAGAGUUGGUCGGCUAUGACCUCACGGCUGAUGUGCCGUAUUACAUCGCGAAGAACUCAUGGGGCUCCCAAUUUGGGUUAGAGGGAUAUCUCCAUAUAGCAAUAGGGAACAAUAUAUGCGGUGUCGCGAACGAAGUCGCUAGUGUUGAUGUUAAGUAAGACUUUUUGGUGGGAGACGAAACGUUAUUAAAAAAAAAGGUCGACUUUUUAGGCCCGAAUGGAUUAAUGAUAUCACUUAUUAUAAAAUUAUAUUAAACAUUGGCGUGACUGAGAUUUUAACAAAUUAUAUAAAAAACCAAACUUGAAAUAGCUGAUGUUAAGACUGACUUAUUAAAAAUACCUGACAAACUGAUGGGAAGAGUGAAGACUGACAUAUACAAAAGUAGGACUGACGAUUCAUUCAUGCCCUUAAAAAAAGCAUUUAAAAAUAAGGGUCUCAAAGUGAAAAAUGUGAUUUAAGAAGAAUUUGUUCGAUUUGAUUAACAUAAUUUUUUUUUGUUUAAAAAAAGUCCCAAUUAUGCAAAAUUGAAGUUAAAUAAUUUAAAGUUUAUUUUAUAUAGGUAAGUAUAUUGUCUUUUUAGCAUUAACCAAAUAUUUCUAAGUUCAGAACAUGAGACAUUAGGGCUAAUAACGUUUAUUUUAAUUUUUUGUGGAAUCUCUAGAUUAAUGCUUAAGUGAACUUCAGAAUUUAUGUGCCAAAUAUGUGCCUCAUAAAGUGCCAUUUUUAUAAUUUUUAAAUAGGUUUAAUUUGUGUUGAUUUAUACAUAGACAGAUACUUUAUGGAACAAAUAACAAUCAUAACAACGUUUAUAAUUAUAAUAUUGAGUUAGAUUAGAAAGAUGAUAAGUAUACUUAUUCGAACAAGAAAAGUCAUAAGAAUAUUAAGCUCAAAUAUAUAUUCUGCUUCGGGUGGUCGAGUUGUUAAGCUGUCAGAUUUUAAAACUUAGCGAUUAGCAUGGUCGAACUAUCGAUAUUUUUAAUAUACGAUAGUUGACCUCUAAAAUCAUCUACUCUAUCGAAAAAAUAGAUAGCUCAGUUUGGUACAAUAUAAUCGUAGACUACAAUACUAUCGAUAAUAAUUUCGAUCAAUACUAUCGACGGUUUUGACCAAUUGAUAGUAGCGACAUUAUCGAUACUAUUGCUACCAGGGAGUAACCAAAGGGAUAUAAUAAAUUUUAAUCGAUCAAGCUUUUUUUAAAUUUGUAUGUGAUUUACUUAAAUACAUAUGAUUACGUCUAUGUCCCUUGCGGGGUAGACAGAGUCAACAGUCUUGGGAAAACUAAUGUUGUUAUUGCACAGGGUUUAUAGGUAUUGCCUUAAAAGAUUAUACAAAUUUUUAUACAUACAUAUAUUUAGCGUAAGAAGUACAAAUGUUUAAUUUCAUCACAUUAUAAUUAUUUGUUAUUGUUGCUGGUUUUUGAUGUAUGUAUUUUAUUACAUUUAAGUGAUAUGAUGCAAUAAAUAGUUUAAGUUUAAGAAGCCUCAUAGUAGAAUGUUUGUACUUUCUAAAAAUAUGUUAGUAUUUUUGUAAUAUCGAUUUUCUGUUAUUGACUGUAAACAUAUCUAGUUGAAAUUAAAAUAAAU